AACAGUAGCAGUUGUAUCAAUUGCAAUUUAUUUUCUCGCGCACAUGCUGUGAAAUGAUACAUAGUUUUAGAGAGAGAGAGAGAGAGAGUGUGAAUUUGUAGUGAGUUGAAAUGGCGGAAGUGAGAGGAACCACGUGGUGGAGCGAGGAGCUAGCAAGUUUAAUGGAGAAUCCGAUACCGGAAACCGUUUCAACGACGUCGUUUCAAGCGAGAAAAUCGGAGGAAGUAGUGAAUGAAUCUGAAGAGACCUUGAAGGACCAUGCGGUUGGGUUCUUGAUGGCUUGGUGUGAGAUACUAAUGGAGUUAGGUAGAGGAUGUAGAGACAUUUUGCAACAGAAUUUCUUGAAUGAAGACUCUUAUGUUGUUACAAAACUUCGUGGACCUUGCUCUAAGGUUUCUAAGAGAUUAAGGUUUUUGAAUGAUUUUUUGCCUGAAGAUCGUGAUCCUCUUCAUGCUUGGUCCAUUGUCUUAACCGUUUUUCUUCUUGCGCUCGCAGCCAUAAGUGUAGAUCCCAAUCAUGAAACCUUAGCCAAAGAGAUGAAGGUGCGCAUGCAUCCUCCUAUUGCUAGCCGCAUAUUGCUUCCAGAUGGUAGGUACAUGGCUUAUCAUGAUCAAGGUGUUCCAGCCGGCAGAGCUAGAUUUUCCCUUGUUGCUCCACAUUCUUUUCUUUCAUCCCGGUUGGCAGGUAUUCCUGGAGUUAAAGCACCAUUGCUUGAAGAGUAUGGUGUUCGCUUGGUCACUUAUGAUCUUCCUGGUUUCGGGGAGAGUGAUCCACAUCCCAACCGAAAUUUCAAUUCAUCAGCUAUGGAUAUGUUGCAUCUAGUCAAUGCUGUCAAUGUAACUGAUAAGUUCUGGGUACUAUGCCACUCAAGUGGGUGCAUUCAUGCUUGGGCUUCCCUUAGAUAUAUUCCCGAGAGAAUUGCAGGUGCAGCAAUGUUAGCCCCUAUGGUGAACCCAUAUGAGUUACACAUGACUAAAGAUGAGAUGAAAAGAACCUGGGAGAAAUGGCUGCCAAGGAGAAAAUAUAUGUAUUCCUUGGCUUAUAGAUUUCCAAAGCUUCUCUCUUUUUUCUAUCGGAAAAGUUUCUUGCCCGAAAAGCAUGACCGGGUUGACAAACUAUUUUCACUUUCACUAGGAAAGAAGGAUGAAAUUCUCAUUGAAGAACCUGCAUUCGAAGAGUUUUGGCAGAGGGAUCUGGAGGAGUCAAUUCGCCAGGGAAACAUGCAGCCGUUUAUAGAGGAAGCUGUUCUGCAGGUAUCAAAAUGGGAUUUUGACAUUGAAGAACUUCAUGUGCAUAAGAAGUGUCGAACAAGAGGCUUACUUCUUUGGUUGAAAUCCAUGUACGGGCAGGCAGAUUGUGAAUUAGCAGGAUAUCUCGGCCGAAUACACAUUUGGCAGGGUUUGGACGAUAGGGUGGUCCCACCAUCAAUGAUGGAAUACAUAGAAAGGGUGUUGCCAGAGGCAAUAAUACACAAGCUUCCAAAUGAGGGCCACUUUUCCUAUUUCUUUUUCUGUGAUGAGUGCCACAGGCAAAUAUUCUCCACUCUUUUUGGAACUCCUCAAGGUCCGAUGGAACGACGAGAGCAAACUGCGUUCGAGGAAAACACAGCAGAUGCUUUACAAGUACCUGUUUCUAAUAAGGAAUGAUGUGAACUUGCUGAUAUACACGAUACCUUUGGAUGUAAAUAACAGAGGCGACUCCUAUGCACAGUAAAGCUUCAAAGGAGAGCUUUUAUAGGUAAAAGUGUCACCUACAUUGUUUUGACUAACCUUCCACUGUCCCAAAGCAAACUGUAUCUUAACUGCCUUAUCAGAUUUAGAGCUUUUAUUCAAUUGACUGUUUACUCAGCGGCAAAACUGUGCAUGUUACUUAGUACCACUUCUUAUUUUUUGAUUCCCCUC